GCAUGGGCGGCAUUUGUCAAGAACGUCAACAAGAAGUAACCAUCAGUUACGCUGUAAAACUUAUGCUGAUGUUUAGGAAGUUUUAGUAAUGAAUAGAUCGUUAUUAAUACAAGAACUGCGUUGUUUUUGACCAGUUGGAUUUUAUUAAAUGAUCCAUUUUUGUUAUUAAUUUUAUCAAGAGCUUUCGUUUGAAAUGGAUGCAGCGUGGAUUCAUUGUUUGUUUACAUAGUGAAUCAUGAGAUCAGCUGACUAACGUUAGCUAGCUAGCUACCAAUUUCUGGUUUAGUAAAGCAGCUGACGUUACAAUGUGUUUGGAAAUUAUCGUUCAGUAUUCAUGCUUCCCAAAGCACAUUUGAAACGAACUCUUAUAUACCAAGCUAUAGCUGGCAGCGGUAAUAGCUAGUUUUUAGCUAGCUAGCUUGCUAGCAUUAGCCCUGUUUUCAGCAAUCUCACCCAUUGACAUAGUGAGUGUAGGAAGCUGGCUAACUUGCUGUGGCUAACUAGCUUACCAUUAAAAAUAUGCCUUGUACUUGUGGCAACUGGAGGAGAUGGAUUCGGCCUCUGGUCGUUCUUCUAUACUUUCUGGUUGUGCUUGUCCUACUACCCCUGUGCAUCUGGGAACUACAGAAAUCAGAGGUUGGUACCCAUAACAAAGCAUGGUUCAUAGCUGGGAUAUUCGUGUUCAUGACCAUACCCAUAUCACUAUGGGGGAUCCUGCAGCAUCUUGUAAACUAUACUCAACCAGAGCUACAGAAGCCAAUUAUCAGAAUAUUAUGGAUGGUCCCCAUUUACAGUUUGGACAGUUGGAUUGCGUUGAAAUACCCCAGAAUUGCCAUCUAUGUGGAUACGUGCAGGGAGUGCUACGAGGCAUACGUCAUCUACAACUUCAUGAUCUUCCUGCUCAACUACCUGGGAAACCAGUACCCCAGCCUGGUACUGAUGCUGGAGGUGCAGGAGCAGCAGAAACACCUUCCUCCCCUCUGCUGCUGCCCGGCAUGGCCCAUGGGAGAGGUAUUGCUAUUGAGAUGCAAGCUGGGAGUGUUGCAAUACACGGUUGUCAGACCAGUCACAACAGUUAUUGCCUUGAUAUGUCAGCUCUGUGGUGCGUAUGAUGAAGGUAACUUCAGCUCAACCAAUGCAUGGACGUACCUGGUGAUAUUCAACAAUAUGUCGCAGCUGUUUGCCAUGUACUGUUUGGUCCUGUUCUACAAGGCCCUAAGAGAGGAACUGGCCCCCAUCAGACCAGUGGGGAAGUUCCUGUGUGUCAAAAUGGUGGUCUUCGUCUCCUUCUGGCAAGCUGCGUUCAUCGCUCUCCUGGUCAAGGUUAGAGUGAUCUCAGAAAGACACACGUGGGACUGGGACAGUGUGGAGGCUGUAGCUACAGGCCUACAGGACUUCAUCAUCUGUGUGGAGAUGUUCCUGGCGGCCAUCGCCCACCACUUCAGUUUCACCUACAAGCCCUACAUCCAGGAGGCUGAGGAGGGAUCCUGCUUCGACUCCUUCCUGGCCAUGUGGGACAUCUCUGACGUCAGGGCUGACAUCUCUGAGCAAGUCCGCAACGUCGGGAGAACGGUUAUGGGCCGAACUAGGAAGACCUAUUUUGGUGAGGCGGAGGACGACGGUGAGCGCUCAGGCUUGCUUUCUCCAGGCUCCCUGGACGCCAUCGGUCCCACGGAGACCUUGUCCAACCCGGCGUCCCCCAAGGGUCGGUACCAGGGCCUUGGCAAAACCCAAACGCCCCACUCCCUGUCAGCCCCCGCCGGGCUCAGCAAUGCUCAGUGGAUUGGAGAGGGGGAUGGAGAGGAGAGGGAAGACGAUGGUAGACAAGCUCCAGAGCCCAGAAACACCACCAACGAGCCAACAGACUCGGUUACAGACGACCUUGUCGUUAUCACCUAGCUUAGCGUCAUCGCUAAAAUCCUCCAAUGGGGUCUCGGGAAUGCACGUUAUACCAAACACAGUUUGGCAGGAACCAAGUAUGGCCUCGGCUACGUUUCUCCUACAGAUGAUAUUUGGCUAAUCCGCACAAGAUCAAAUUAAAGCAAGCGAUCAAAAAGCACACGUUAAUUAAGAAAUAUUGUAGUGAGUCAUUCGUCCACCAGGGUUGAUGCAGAUGGACCUCAGUCAAUGACAGCUCGAAGAAUGUUCAUAAGCUUUCGUAAGGGUCUCAUGACACUUAAGAUAUCUUUUCUUGUAUCUGUAUUGUACUACUGAGUCAUAAUGGUAAAGUACGGUACCUCAAUACCUUAUUUUAGUGUAACCCCUCAUUUUAAUGGGUCUGGACUUCAAGUUCAAAAGCUGGUGAGAGAUUUUACCAGUAUACGUGUUCUAUAAUAGCACCUGGGUGAUGUCACUACAAACUCGUUAAUCAUUUACCAAGGGUUUUAGUUGUUGCUACGAAAACAUAUGUAGCUUUUAAACUGAAACUUACACAAAAUACUGGUUUGCACCAAUGAUUGAUUUAUAUACAGUACCACUCACACUCAAGGGUUUUUUCUCUUUCUUUUGACUAUUUUCUACAUUGUAGAUUAAUAGUGAAGACAAAACUAUGAAAUAACACACAUGGAAUCAAAAUGUUUUUAUUUGGGAUUCUUCAAAGUAGCCACCCUUUGCCUUGAUGACAGCUUUGCACACUCUUGGCAUAAAGAAAAACCCUUCAUGAGUAGGUGUCAAUACUUUUGACUGGUACUGUACAUCAUUGGGUUGCACAUGCUUGAAUACGGUCUUCGAACCUAUAGUACAGUUUUUGAAGCAUGAAGCGGUGUCUCACUUUGGCAUUAACGCUAACAGCCUCGAUCGUCUUCUCAGAUGCCUUGUCCUAGUGUAUCCACUAUCAAGUAAUUCACACAUUUCACGUCUGCCUCUCAUUUGUAAAUAUCAACUGAUGCUUACAUAGUCAUGGUUAUCGAUAUACAUUGGUCAAACAAAAUGUAUCUGACAUUUAACUUACCAUUCUAAUUUCUGUUUUAAGCCUUUCAGGAAUAUUAGUUGUGAUUUACUGUACUGAAAGGGAUUGAUAUCAGUCUUUUACUAGUUUCAUUCAUCCAUUAGUAGAAUGUCUUCCUAUCGGGAAUGUGUGUCAAGUGUGUGCAGCUAUUGCCUUACCUGAUGUUUGUCACAAAGCAUUAACCUUCAGAGGGAAGUACUACAUCAAACGUGUCAGCAGCUUUGUCUUUUGAGAGUUCAACUCAAGGUUCGUUCCAAACGUUCACCCUCCAAUAAAUGAAAUGAAAUGUG